GUGAGUAAACACUCGCCAUUUGUGAGGAAAAAUCGAGAAAAAGUCGCUGUGAAUGUACUUUAGACGUUUCCCCGACAAAGUUAUCGGCUCUAAUUCCUCAUCGGGGCGGAUGUUAGUGUGAAGUACCCUGCGCUAUCCGCCUGCCCUGCUGAUAAAGAACGAGAUGUUUGCAGUAAUUCAUGAGACCUGCGCGUAGUUUUGGCGUUAGCAUUAGCCUUAGCGUAAGCCUUAUCCCCGGGCCUGGUGUGUAGUUAGCUUAGCACUUUUCUCACCUUCAGCACUUCUGGCUGCGCAGUGUAAAAGAGUGUGUCCGUGUUUAGUUAAAUUUUUUUUUUUCUUGGAAAAAUGAUGAUUGAAAACCUCGAUGCCUUGAAGACGUGGCUCUCCAAAACCCUGGAACCAAUAUGUGAUGCAGACCCGUCUGCGCUUGCAAAAUACGUGGUGGCCUUGGUGAAGAAGGACAAGUCGGAGAAGGAGCUGAGGGCGCUGUGCAUAGACCAGUUGGAUGUAUUUCUCCAAAAGGAGACUCAGAUGUUUGUGGAUAAGCUUUUCGAAGCUGUGAACACAAAGAGCUACCUACCUCAGGGUGAGACCCCAGGGUCCGGGGGCAGGACAGAGGGUCACACACGCUCCGACAAAGACGAACAGAAGAAGGAGGAGGUGAGAGAGCAGCUGAGUAGGGAAGAUGAUCGGGAGAAGAAGUUUUCUAGGAGACUAAACCACAGCCCUCAGGGCAGCUCCCGUUACAGUCGAGACAGCAGGAGGAGUGAUGAGCGUAAGAAAGACGAUCGGUCCAGAAAGCGAGAGUACGAGCGUCCUCCACCCAGACGUGACUCGUAUCGCGAACGCUACAAUCGGCGCAGGGGGCGGAGCUACAGCCGUAGCCGGAGUCGCAGCUGGAGCAAAGACAGACUGCGCGAUCGUGACAGAGAGCGCGAUCGAGACAGAGAGCGCGAGAGGGAGAGGGAGCGCAGCAGGACGCGCACUCGCAGCCGCUCCAGGUCUAGGAGUCGAGAGAGAGAAUCUGGAAAACCGAAAUAUGAUCACGAGCGGCCAGAGGGCGGCGCCACUGAGGCCUACGUACCCCCGCCCAUUGCCUCUGCUCCUAGCACCUCCCAUUUCAUGGUGCCCGCCCUCAACAGCACCAUCACAGUCAUUGCUCCCACUCACCACGGCAACAGCACCACGGAGAGCUGGUCUGAAUUCCACCAAGGCCACGUCCCACCGUACGGCAGAGCAGCUCCGCCCCCUUCACGCAAGCGUUGCCGUGACUACGACGAGAAAGGUUUCUGUAUGCGAGGUGAUAUGUGUCCGUUCGACCACGGCAGCGAUCCGGUAGUUGUGGAGGACGUAAACCUUCCCAGCAUCCUCCCCUUCCCUCCCGCGACUCUGCCUGUCGGCGAGGGUCCGCUCCCUCCGGGUCUCCCGCCACCUCCCGGUCUACUCCCGCCUCCUCCGGUCAAUCUCCGGCCCCCGCUGGCACCGGGUGGCCUCCCACCUGUCGCAGGUCCUCCUCCUCCUCUCCCAGCUCUGGAUGCUCCUCCAAACUCCAUGACAGGCUCAGUCCCCUCCAUUGUCUCCACGUCUCGUCCUCUUCUUCCCCAGCCUCCGCUUCACCUGGUCGCCGCGGGCAUCCGACCUCCACUCGCACAGCCUCCGCCCCCCCUCUUUACCACAGACUCAUUCGAACCGGACGUGUACAACCCUGAAGCUCCCAGUCUGAAUUCUCGCCCUGCGUACAGACCCCGGGUCAACGUGCAGAGACCAAACCUCAUAGGCCUCACUAUGGGAGAAGUGGAUCUGUCCCCACGCGAUAAAAUGAUGAACAGCAAUACUGCACGGAUUGUUUUAGAAUCAGACUCCAGGAAGAGGGGGGCGGGGCCUCACGACGGGGGACUUCCUCCUAAAAAGCCUUGGUUUGAUAAGCCAAACUUCAACAAGCCCAACCAUCACGGUUACCAUAAGAAAAUGCCACUGUCUCUUCCGCUGCCUCUGCCGAACACUAAGUUGGCCAUCCGGCAGAUCCCUCCCGCGCUGAACAACAUCAGCAAGCUCAACGAGCACUUCAGCAAAUUUGGGAAGAUCGUCAAUCUGCAGGUCGCCUAUAACAAUGACCCUGAGAGUGCUCUGAUCCAGUUCGAGUCUCCUGAGGAAGCAAAGCGCGCUAUACACAGCACCGAGGCUGUUCUCAACAACCGAUUCAUCAGAGUGCAGUGGCACAAAGACGACGGACUGCCUGGCACACACACGCACACUCCGCUCAGCAUGAGUGUGCAGCAGCCUGAAGCUACCAGUCUGAAGCAGUCAGUGAAAGAUCGUCUCGGUCCCCUCCCCUCGAACAGCACAGAGCCAAUGCAGGAUGCCACGCCCCCAUCACAGUCUUCACAGAGUGCAGCGCGGUCAUCGGUGAAGGAGCGUCUGGGCUUCUCAAAACCGGCGCCUGCUGAAGGAAAGGUCUUCUCCACGUCCACCGGACUCACCAAGACGUUUUAUAACCCCGCCGCAAUGAAGCCAGGCCACAAGGCGGCGUUAACGGGGGCGACUGCCAGCUCCGAGGAUGCGCUAAAGAAGAAGCAGGAGGCGCUCAAACUUCAGCAAGACGUGAGGAAGAAGAAGCAGGAGAUCCUGGAGAAGCACAUAGAGACUCAGAAACUGCUGAUUUCUAAGCUAGAGAAGAACAAGGCAAUGAAAUCAGAGGACAAAGCACAGCUGAUGCAGACACUGAACGCUCUGACAAACAGCAUCAGCAAACUGCAGGAGGAGAUCAAGGGCCUGUCGAGCGCGCACACACUGCACAGCGGCGUCAAAACCAAGGCUCAGGCUCAGAAGGAGUUGUUGGACACUGAACUCGAUCUGUACAAGAAAACACAAGCUGGGGAAGACACAGCACAACUCAGACUGCGAUACACACAGCUGCAGCUCGAGGCGGCUAAGAGGGGCAUUCUGACCCCAGGGCGAGGGAGGGGGGCCCAUGCCCGGGGUCGGGGGACAGCGCGGGGGCGUGGUCGUGGUAUUAGGGGCAGACCGAGGGGGCUUCCUGCUCACUCUGUGGUGGAUCAUCGACCUCGUGCUCUGGAGAUCAGCGGGUUUACCGAGGCUGACCGAGUGGACCUGCUGCCACACUUUGCUCAAUUCGGUGAGAUUGAGGACUGUCAGAUGAAGGACUCGAGUCUUAGUGCUGUGAUCACCUUCAGAACCCGAGCAGAAGCUGAACAGGCUGCCGUUCAUGGUGUGAAGUUGAACAAUCAGGAUCUGCGUCUGUCCUGGUACAAACCGGCCGUCUCUCUAAGCGCGGCCGACGCUGACGAGGCAGAGCCCGAAGAAGAUGAGUUCCAGGAGGACUCUCUGGUGGACGACGCACUGCUGCAGGAUGACGACGAGGAAGACGACGAUAACGAAUCACGCUCCUGGCGUAGAUGAAGAUGUCUCUCAGAAGAACAUCACCACCACUGUCGCCACAACCACCGCCACCACCGUCACACCAUUUCCUGUUUCCAUUUUAUUUCUUUUUUGUCAAAUGCUUGUUUUUAAUUAAGAGGCUGUUGACCACAAGUACGCUGUCCAUGGUUCAUGUAUUAGCAGUAACUCUGAGCCGAUAUCUCACUCAGCGCGGUUCUUCUUCUUCCUCUUUUUUUUUGUGUGUUUUUCCACAAUGUAACAAAUAAUAAUAAUAACAUUGCGUUAA